AUGUCGAAGUAUUAUGCAACGAUUACUGGUCCCGAUGGGAAGGAAAUGAAGGUGAUGGUCAUUCCUGUGCGGCAAGAUGAAGCUCCGAAUCCUCCUGAACACGCUGAAGGAAAUCGACCUGUCGCCGUUGUCAAUCCUUCUAACUCCGCAUCUGGUUCCUCAAAUCAGGAAGAAGUAGCUCAACCCUCUUCAUCCCUGAAAAGCCAGCCCAGCCCGCCGAGAGAAUCGCCCGCCCCGCCCGCCGCUGUUGCAAAUCCUACGCCACAAAAGAAUGUCAAGCAGCGCAGAAAGCAACAAAGGCUCAAUGGAAUCCUCGAAAAGCUGGCUCAGAAGAAAGGCGGCAGCGAUCAAUCUCCAUCGUCGAGCUCAUCUCCUUCCACGUCUUCACCAGAACCGAUAGUGGAGAAUGCGAUUCCCAAGACAGAACCGGUCAAAUCUCCGGCUGCUCAGCCAAAGAAAAAUGGCGACCUGCAAAUAAAUAAGAACUUUGGAAUCAAACUUGGGGAUAAAGGAAGUGGCCAAAUCAAGAUCCUUGGCAAAAUCACGGAAGUCCCAGUGCAAGGACCUUCAACCUUGAAGUCAGAAUCUGACGAUGAUCAACCCCCAGCGCUCGAAAAAGCCUCGCCACCACGAUCGCCCAGCCCGCCACAGUUGGAUUACCUUUCAGAUCGCUCACGGUCACCCUCGCCGGGGGCAACUAAGCCGGAAAAGCUUCGGCAAAGUGCUCUCAAGAAGACGGCGCCAGUUUCAAGCCAGCCCGAGUCUCAAGGGAAAUCCCCUGCGCAGAAGAAUGGCAAGCCAGGAUUACUGGGAAGAGGAAUCCCAAUCGGAAACCUUGGAAACGUCGUCGCAUCGGUUUCAGUUCCGAACAGACGGCUUUCAAAUGGGAAUCAACCCAAAACAACUCCAACGCGUCAAGUUUCUGCAACUCCUCCGAAACGCGGACCACGCCCAGCUCCGAUCCAAGUCCAAACUACUCCUAAAACUCCAAGUCCAGUCAAAACUCCUCAACCUUCUUCAACCGCUGUUCCUUCUAGUUCACCAUUGACGACUCCAACCACGAGCCAGUCAAGCUUCAAGCCCAUUAACAUGGCCGGACGUACAAUCAUCGCUCCUAACAUGGUCAAAUCGCUCGUUUCGCCAAAACUUGCGUCGAAUGGAAAACAACCAAUUCCAUCGCCGACCAACUUCAAGCCCAAAUCUCCUGAUGUUCCUAACAAUCGACCAACGCAGCGAACAGCGUCAAGUGGUAACAAUAUUCAACGAGCAGCUUCCUCCUCGAAGCCUAAUCCGGCCUCGGUGAGACCAUCCUCGCGACCGAAUAUCCGACCACCGCCACCACCACCGGUCGCUGCUACGAGAGGUCCUGCUCCUCCACCACCAACUCUGCCAACUUUUCAGCCUCGAGCAGCUACUCCUGUCAGUUCUUUUGUGGCAUCACAGACAGUAAACGUUAACACUCAACAACGUUCUCUGGCAACAAUGCCUCAUCGAAUCAUCAGUCGACCGGUUGGGCGUCCUCCUCUGAACUCGUACCCAGUAAGAGCACAAACCAAACCGAGACAACAACAGCAUUCUCAGCCAGCCUUGGAUCCAAACUUGGUGGAUAUCGUCAAGGUUCGUCCAGCUAAGAAAUCCGGCCAUCACAAGUACCCGCCACCGACUCUUGUUGAAGGAGGAAUUUCAAAAUUCGGCGCGAAUAUCAAAACGAUCAAAAUGGCUGACGGCUCCACCUGCGGAAUAAAAGUUCAGAGUCAGAGCCUUUACCAAAAGGUCAAUAUCACGAACUCAAAGCUUCGAGAAAUCAAGCGAGGGCUUGCUGAUAAUCUCAAUACAGAACAUCUGACACAGUUGGAGAAAAAGAAAAAAGUUUCACAGCAAUUUGCGGAAAAAGCAAUGAAGCAGGCGAAUAAUCAAUCGAACAAUCUCGUCCCAGUAACGGUAGACAGGCGAAAAUCAUCCCCGCCGCAUUCUAGCAAGGGAAUCUCAAGUGGAGCACCGACCUUGGCGCCCAAGGCGACAACUCCUAUCAAGGGAAACCUGCUCUCCCGGUUUCCAACCGUCGGUACGGCGAAAUUGAAGACAUCCGGCACUACGCCUCAGAAGCACGGCAACCGAAAACACAAGGCCGAGACCAAAACGGAGAAGGUCGAGGAUGGCUGCCGCCGCUGCUGCCCUGCGCCCAAAUCCGCUCCAUCUAAGCCGAUUGUGGAUCUGCCUCCGAGCGGCCAGAAUCUUGUAUUGUCGCCGGAAAAUCAAAUGCUGGUCCGCAAAUAUCUCGACAAGCAUCCCGGGCAAAAGAUGGACUUUGCUCUCUGUCCUGUUCAGAAAAAUAUGGUGAUCGAUCCGUCCUUCCCUCUGGUCAAAGUCGGCGAUAAUCAGUUCCAGCUGAUCCCGAAGGAGAUCAUGGAGAAACAGCAAAAGGCACAGCGUCAAAUCAUUCCGAAAAACAGAACCCUUGCUCCGCUUCAGCCAAAACCCGACCAAAGCGACUCGAAUGGCUCUCAAAAUGGUUCAGAAGAAGAAGGAUCCGCGGAAUCGAAUGUUUCUAGUGAUGAUAAGAGGAUUGAGAAGAAGAACUUGUUCGUAUGGAAAGAAGCGGAGAUCACGAAUGAAGAGGGACAUAUGUAG